GUCCCAAGUGCCUCCUGUGCCGCGUACAGCUGUGUCACCGCGCUCCAGGGAUGUGAACUGACGGAGAAACCGCCGCUCAAACCGCAAAGCCAGCAGAAAGCCGGGAUCUUGCACAAUCCCCAGUGCCUGCCGCUCCCAAGGCAGCCGCCCCCAGCCCCCGCCCAGGAGCCGCUCACGAGGGGAGCCCCGCGGGCAGCGCCGGGACUGCGGAGCCUCAGCACUCUUGGCUCGAUCGGCGGUGCUGCGCCCCGCCCGCGCCGCUCCGCGAUGCCGACCUUCCUCAAGUGGCUGCUGGGGAUCUUGGGGGUCGCCGUCGUUGUCGUGGUCAUCACCGUGCCGCUGGUGCUGCUCACCCGCAAAGAGACCGCUUCAGGAAUAACGUACACUCUACAGAAUUACUUGAACAAUGACUAUAAGUACAAAACACAUAAUUUGGAGUGGAUUUCAGGAAAUCAGUAUCUUCACAAAACAGAUAAUGGGGACGUCCUACGCGUCAAUGCUGACAACGGAACAUCCUCAGUAAUCCUGGCAAAUACAACAUUAGAUAAGUACCAGGCAAGCACAGUUAUACUGUCUCCUGACCAAAAGUUUGCUCUUCUUCAAUACAGCUAUACAAAGUUGUGGAGGCAUUCCUUUACAGCUUCAUACCACAUCUAUGAUUUCAGUAACAGUUCCAUCUUAGAUGACAGACUGCUACCUAAUGAUACACAGUAUAUCUCCUGGUCACCUGUUGGUCAUAAACUGGCAUAUGUUUGGAAUAAUAAUGUUUAUGUAAAAGCUUCACCAACAGCAGAACCUGUGCAAAUCACUCAAAACGGAGAAGAAAAUAAAAUUUUCAAUGGAAUACCAGAUUGGGUUUAUGAAGAGGAAAUGUUUGGCACGCAUUCUGCUCUGUGGUGGUCUCCAAAUGGCAAUUUUUUGGCAUAUGCAGCCUUUAAUGAUACAGAAGUUCCUGUUAUAGAGUAUUCCUUUUAUUCUGAGGACACCUUGCAGUAUCCAAAGACCAUUAAAAUCCCAUAUCCCAAGGCAGGAGCUACAAAUCCAACUGUACGAUUCUUUAUUGUGGAUACCAGAUCGCUUCCAUAUUUCAGCCCUGUUGAAAUUCCUCCACCUGCAGAAAUAAAAUCAAGGGAUCAUUAUUUGAGUGUUGUAACAUGGGUGACAGAUGAAAGGAUUUGUCUGCAGUGGCUCAGAAGAAUUCAGAAUUUUUCAGUCCUCGCAGUCUGUGACUUUGAAAAUGCUACUUGGUCAUGUCCAAAGGAAAAACAACGUACUGAAGAAAGUACAACUGGCUGGAUUGGCAGAUUUCAGCCAUCUGUCCCUCACUUUGCACCCGACAAUGCUACCUACUACAAAGUCUUCAGCAACGCAGCAGGUUACAAGCACAUCCAUUACAUAAAUGGCUCACAGGCUCCAGUAGCUAUUACAUCAGGAAAAUGGGAAGUAAUCAGCAUAGAAGCUGUAACUGAUAAAUUUUUGUACUACAUUAGUAAUGAAAAGGAUGGAAUGCCAGGAGGAAGAAAUCUUUAUAAAGUGCUCUUGGAAAGCAGUCCAAAAUUUACUAAAUGUGUUAGCUGUAAUCUGAAUCAAGAAAGAUGCCAGUAUUAUUCUGUGUCCUUCAGCAAAGACGCAGAGUAUUAUCAGCUAAAUUGUCUCGGUCCUGGCCUGCCCAUAUCUACUCUGCACAGAAACAUUGAUGAUCAAGUUCUCAGAUACUUGGAAAAUAACACCGAACUGGAAAAUGCAUUGAAAGAUAUUCAGAUGCCUUCAAAAAAAAUUGCCUCCCUUAGUAUAGGUGGAUACAACCUGUGGUAUCAAAUGAUACUGCCUCCCCGUUUCGAUUCAUCAAAGAAGUACCCUCUGCUCCUUGAUGUGUAUGCAGGACCUUGUAGUCAGAAAGUAGACCAAGUCUUCCGGAUCAGCUGGGCUACUUACCUGGCAAGCACGGAGCAGAUCAUUGUGGCCAGCUUUGAUGGCAGGGGCAGCGGGUACCAAGGGGAUGAAAUUAUGCAUGCAAUAAACAGAAGGCUGGGAACAUAUGAAGUGGAAGAUCAGAUAGCAGCAGCCAGAAAAUUUUCUGAAAUGAGCUUUGUCGAUAAGGACAGAAUAGCAAUUUGGGGUUGGUCUUAUGGGGGAUAUGUGACCUCCAUGGUGCUUGGCUCUGGAAGCGGCGUGUUCAAGUGUGGAAUAGCGGUUGCCCCCGUGUCACGCUGGCAGUAUUAUGAUUCAAUAUACACAGAGCGAUACAUGGGCCUUCCUACAGCAGAUGAUAAUCUGAAGAAUUAUAAUAGUUCAACAGUAAUGGCCAGAGCUGAAAAAUUCAAGGAAGUUGAGUAUCUCCUUAUUCAUGGAACAGCAGAUGAUAAUGUUCACUUUCAGCAAGCAGCACAGAUUUCCAAAGCUCUUGUUGAUGCUGAAGUAGAUUUUCAGGCAAUGUGGUACACUGACAAAGACCAUUCCAUCUCCGGUCAAGCACAUAAGCAUAUUUAUACCCAUAUGAGCCACUUCCUAAAGCAGUGUUUCUCACUGCAUUAGCACCAGCAUUUUGUUUGUUAGUGAUGGUACUUCUCCAGAAAACUCUCUAGAUAAUGUAUUCUGAGCCAGAAUAAAUCAAGAUGAGAUAAGAGUCAGCUCUUGGGAUACCGGUGUACAGAAUGAAAAGCUGAUCUCUAUAAUGAUUCCUGUUGCCAAGCAACUAUUGCAUUUUUAUUGAUUGUGUUUAAUCAGGUCUUAACAUCACCAGAAUGAUGUUGCAGACUUCUAGGAAGCAUGGUACUUGCUUGAGUAAUUACCUUUUGAUAUUUCAGUCUAAAAGAGAAACAUUCUAAUUUGUAUAGCAGGGUAAUGAAUGACAAAAACGUCCCAUGGCGAUCAGUUGCAGAAUAAAAAUAUAAUAAUAUUUCCAUCAAAAAUGAAAUGAACCCUGGGAUAAUUUCUGUGAAAAGAAUGAAGUAACUUUUUUGUAGAAAAUCUGUAAGGCUUGAUAAUUACUAUUUUAGAAUCAGCAUCAGGAAUACUGCAAUGUUAAUAUUUUAUGUGCAGAAUGAAACACUGUUUAUACUGCAGUUCCUGAAGUUAGUGUGUUUUCUCUGCAAUCUCUCAUAUUACAGUUGUAGAACUCUUGUAAGGAAAGCACAUAACCAGCUUUCACCAAAGAUUUUGAAUGAUACUUAAUCAAACCAAUGGCACUGAAUUUCUUUGUGUGCUAUCAUAUAGUACUGUGAUUUUUGCCUAUUUUAUAGUAAAAAAGGCUGCUACUCUGGGAAUGUGCACUGUAAAAUCUCCUCUGGGAACUCGACAAGAUCCCCAUUUGUUUUUGAUGUAAAGCUGCUUGUGUACUGAUGAAUAGGAACUGGUUCUUACACAAACAUAAAACAUUACAAUGUGAACUAGCAGUCACUUAAAGCAAGGGCUGGACUGCCACUCUCCUGUGAACGUGCUCUUUGGCAAAACUGCUUUUCUUUUCAGCGUACCAAUGAAUGCUUUAUUUCCAGCACUCCACGUAGGCUUCUCCAUCUGACGAUUAGAGUAGUUUUCUCAAUUUCACAUAGAAAAAAUGCAAUCUGCUUGUACUAAAACCUGUGCUGCUUUAAAAUAAUAAAGACAUUAAUUUAUGAAA